AUGGAUUCAAAGAAGUCUAACAAAAUAAGAGAGAUUGUUAAGCUUCAACAAAUCCUGAAGAAGUGGAAAAAAGUUGCUACAAAUGCUUCCACUAACAACAACUCGAACUCGAGUAACUCAAGUAUUAGUGGUAGUAGUAGCGGUAGUAAAAGUAUCAAGUUUUUGAAACGAACUUUAUCGUUCAACGAUGUUUCGAUUUCGAAUGUGGACAUAGUUCCAAAAGGUUUUCUAGCUGUUUGUGUAGGGAAAGAGCUCAAGAGAUUCAUUAUUCCAAUGAAUUACUUAAAACACCAAGCAUUUGAGGUUUUGCUUCAAGAAGCUGAAGAGGAGUUUGGCUUUCAACAAGAGGGUGUACUCAAAAUUCCAUGUCAAGUUUCAAUGUUUGAGAAGAUAUUGAAGGUGGUGGAAGAUAAAAAUGAAGACUUAAACUUGCAUGAGUUUGAAUUCAAUGGAGACAAAGACAUGGUUAGUUGUGAUGUUACUCCCACUCAUCAUGCUCAAGUUUGUAGAUGA